CCCGCCCCGCAUACCCCGGCCCCUCCCUUCUCCCUUCUCCACCUUGUGCCCCCGAGCCUCGGUGCCGAAGUUGGAAACGCCAGCAAAGCUUCUCGCCGGAAAUGUGGUUUGCGGAGUCGCAGCCAUGGCGUCGCAAGGCAUCGACAUUAAAUAGAACGUAGAAGCAUAUUGUGGACACAGUGCAGGCUCUAUAUUAUUGGCACCGGGCACUUACUGCAGCUAGGAGAGCUACCCAUGGUGGAGGCAGUACCUUGGCAUCAGUGAGGCGUGCACGUGUGUAUCCAGGAAAACAAUCUGUUUUCUAGCUACAGGCUGUUCAAACAUCUGCAUCUAGUGGUCAUGCGGAUAUGUGAUGUUGGACUUCAGGGGAUUCUUUGUAAAUUUGCGAUCACUACUCUGAUCCUUCUUUUCUGGUGUGGAAGCUGAGACUGGUUCAGAUGAGUUCACAGGGCUGGAUCAGCAAUGAGAACCAUUUCUCUCCCACAACUGUGAUCCAGACCUCUGGAGACACCAGAUCUUUAUUUGUGGAGAUAUGGUUUUCAGCUAGUGUUGCUUUACCUCUGAGGAGAAAGCUGAAUUUUGGAGGAACACUGUAAAGCGGCGGGAGCGGAGCCAUGAUAUUCAAGCUGUGUAGCGAAGUUCAGGCUGGAGGAAGACCCCCACAAAGCAAGGACCUUUGCAGCUGCCUCCCCCUAUCACCCACCUUGAUUUUGUUAUUCUCCAUUAUACUGUUGGCUUUCUUUUGCUUGCAUUUUUGCCAAGGGUGAAGCUAACCUUUGCUAAGCAGUAUGGAAAAAUUGAGAACAUACGUUUCCCAGAAGCUUUUCAGGCCAGUGCUCCUAAAGAAUGGAACACGCAGGGGCCAGAUGGCGAUCUUGGCAUGAAAUACCGAAACCUACUGUUAGCUAGUCAAGCAUUGACUGCCCCAUCUCCACUAAGUGGGAAUGCCCCCCUUUUUUAUUACAAUGCCAGUGAAACUAGUGAUGGAGAGUCUUAUAGAAAGAUUAGAGAAACAGAGUUAUGUGGGAAUAUUGAAUAGAAUAACCCUGUCUGAUACUUAAUCCAUCUUCUCAUGUUUUCUUCUAUUUGCUACUUCUAUAGCUUCUCUUCUUCCUUCUCAAUUACAGCCCUUUACUAGAAUUCGUGCCUCAUACUUUAAAUUACCAAAUACCAUAAUUCUUCCAAGUAGUAAAGAUACCUCAAGACGAGUGCUGGGCCUGGAAGCCACAGGGCAUAAAUCUGCAAAGAAGUAAAAAGCUAACCUUUUCAAAGAAUAUUGCUUCUCUCUCACUUCCCAGCUUUACGUCUCCCUGUAUGGCCCCGGAGGAUGGCUGUUUAGCCAGAGACGGGUAAGAUUCCUCACGGGAGGAACAACCUAAGACAGGCACAGUCGCAGGGGGGGCCAUCAGGUGAGAAAAUGGGGGCCAACAGAGGUGAGGCUCAGAACCUCACCCCCCCCACCCCAGUUUUGAGAGAAAUUGUCUACACCCGUGGAUGUUUCGUUGCCCUCGUCUAGCUUGGAUCAAUACCUGGUCUGUAGGCACAGACCUGAGCAUCUACACCUGCCUUCUUACAGUACUAAAUUAUGCUUUCUAUCUUUAUCUUGCAUCUACCUAUAAAUGAAUAAUCAUAUCUGACCUGAGUGUUUAUAGUUCAUGAUUUGUGAUCAAAACAGAAAUAGUUUCUAUGAUAUGAAGGCCCUUGCAUUGUUCAAGUAAACCUUGUUUAGUCCCUACAGUAGUAGAGCCAUGGAAACCUGCAUAUUAUGUAUCAAAGAAAUUUUAGUAUUCACCCAGAAGAAAGAGAAGUAUAGAUAAGAAAGGGAAAUUUAUUUUGCUGCCUUCUGUGCCCUAUGAAGGGGUGCGUAAUGAAGAUAUGAGUUUAUGAUUUUAGAUUGAUUAUAAAUUUAUUAAAGCUUUUAGAAUAUUUUUGUGGAAAAGAAUCCUAGCUAACUGUGGCAGUAGGUGACCUGUAUUUCACCCUGAGCUGAUAGACUCCAUAGUCACUGCUACAUACUGCACGCUCCUGCAGUCACAUGCGCUACUUAGAAACUGCGGUGCAUAGAAACGUAAAACACGAUAGAGUACAUGGUGCUAGGAAAAUGUUAGGUCAAGAAACAGAGAAAAGAUCACCUAACACUUGACUAAGCAUGUAUAGAUUAGAAAGAAAUAGAAUUAAUCAACAGAACAAUAAGAAGUAAUCAUAUCUUGGUGCAAAUGGUAUAAAUAAAGCUGUCAUUGGCACUUUGUCGAGAGACCACCUCCAUCUGACUCCGUGUCCUAUCUCUCCGUGCACCGACUCCUUCUCAUUGUUUUGGGCAACACCCCCCCGCGGGAGCUGGACUCCGGCAGUAAAGAAAGGGAGUAAAUGGUCUCCAGGGGUGACUUCCUGUCUCUGUCAUUUUGGUUCUGGUUCAUGCCCAAGCCCGUGACGGGAGCGCCAAUAGAAGCUGUUUCUCUGCCGGCUCAUCCACUCGGAGUAGAGAACUUUUUCGAACUUGAGACCUGCCUUUCUGUCUUGUGGGAGCCUUGAUGUCCUUCUGCAACUUCAUGUAAGGGAGACUUGCGGUUUCUGACUGGGCUGCAGAGGUCUCGUGCCUGGUGUUUUCCGGCCUCUCUCCAGGCGGCAUCUCACAAGACCUUGUUAACUGUGGCAUGAUAAUGGCAGAGGCAGGAGCUCAGAAUGAUCCCAACCAGCACAUUGUGACUUUUGAAGAUGUAUAUAUAUAUACUUCUGCCCAGAGGAAUGGGAGCUACUUGAUGUUGUUCAGCAACACCUAUGCUAUGCUGUGAUGCGGGAGACCUUUGAACUGGUGGCCUCACAGGGACUUGCAGUUUCCAGAUACCACCUAAUUCCCAGGGCUGAGCCACCGAGAGUCCACCAAGCUCCUGGCAUGGUAGACAUAGCUCCAACCGUGGCAGAGAUAAUCCAGGAGAGCCCUCGCCCUGGUGGUUGUCGUAAAGUGGAGGAUAAAGAUGCAUCUUCUGAGCAAGGUGUUUCUGUGAGAGUGUCACAGGUGAGAACUCUCAAGGCGGGUUCUUCCUUCCAAAAGAGCCACCCAUGUGACCCACUCUCGAAGGACAUCUUCCAUCUGACCGGGCAGCAGGGAACAUGCCCUGAGCAGCAACCAUACCCACGUAAGUCACGUGGGAGAACCUUCUGGGUCACUGAAAACCUUGUCCAGAGCCGGAGGCAGCAGAAUGGAGAGACAUUAUCUCGAACGGAAAAGGGCCAGGCCUCCUCCGUGAAGAGCGGCCAAAGCCACAUGUCAAAGAAGGCCUGCACUCGCCAGGAGGAUGCGGAGGACUUGGCCAGCUCUGGACUUGUCCCGCACCGCGCCGCUCACAAUGGUAAGAAGCCACGCAGGAGCACUGAGUGUGAUGAGGCCUUUCACACUGCACAAGGGGAUUACAAGUGCAGUCAGUGUGGGGAAGCUUUCAGCGACAAGGACGAAUGUGUUCAGCACCAGAAAGUACACACAGAAGAAAAGUCUUGUAAGUGCAGUGAAUGUGGGGAAUUAUUUAGCCACAGCUCCGACUUUUUGUUACAUGAGAAAACCCACAGCAAACCAACACCUUCUGAGUCCAAUAACCAUGGGGAAUGUUUUAGCUUUGACUCCAGCCCCAGAAUACAGCAGGCCUCUCACAUGGGAUUAAGGCCUAAUGAGUGUGCUGAAUAUGGGAGAUCAUUUAGCACAAAAUACAACCUUGUUCAGCACCAGACAAGUCAUACCGGAGCCAAACCUUAUGAGUGCAGUGAAUGUGGGAAAGCUUUUGGCCGCAGGAGUACACUGACUCGGCACCAGGAAAUUCACUGUGGAAAAAAGGCCUUUCGUGUGCAGCAGCUGUGGGAGGGCCUUUCUCCAUAAAAGUGCUCUUACUCAGCACAAGAAAACCCACACUGGAGAAAAGCCUUAUCAGUGUGAUGCAUGCGGGAAAACUUUAGCCGCAGUUCCUCCAUGAAAAUACAUAAGAGAAUAAAGCAGGUGCGAUUAUGCUCCCUGACUUCAAGCUCUACUACAAAGCCACAGUAAUCAAGACAAGUUGGUACUGGCACAAGAACAGACCCACAGACCAGUGAAACAGACUAGAGAGCCCAGGUAACCCCAGGGAUAUAUGGUCAAUUAAUAUACGAUAAAGGAGCCAUCGAUAUACAAUGGGGAAAUGACAGCCUCUUCAACAGUUGGUGUUGGCAAAACUGGACAGCUACAAGCAAGAGAAUGAAACUGGAUUAUUGUCUAACCCCAUACACAAAAGUAAACUCAAAAUGGAUCAAAGACCUGAAUGCAAGUCAUGAAACCAUAAAUCUCAUAGAAGAGAACGUAGGCAAAAAUCUCUUGAAUAUAAACAUGAGCAACUUUUUCCUGAAAGCAUCUCCCCAGGCAAGGGAAACAAAAUAAAAAAUGAAUAAAUGGGACUACAUAAUGCUAAAAAGCUUCUGUACAGCCAAGGGCACCAUCAGCAGAACAAAAAGGCAUCCUAUGGUAUGGGAGAAUUUAUCUGCAAAUGACAUACCUGCAAGGGGUUAACAUCCAAAAUAUACAAAGCACUCACAUGUCUCAACACCCCAAAAGCAACUAACUGUAUUAAAAAAUGGGCAGAGGAUAUGAACAGACACUUGUACAAAGAAGAAAUUCAGAUGGCCAACAGGCACAUGAAAAGAUGCUCCCCAUCGCUAAUAAUCAGGGAAAUGCAAAUUAAAAUCACGAUGAGAUAUCACCUCACACUAGUUAGGAUGGCCAACAUAGAAAAGACUAGGAACAACAAAUGCUGGCGAGGGUGUGGAGAACGGGGAACCCUCUUACACUGCUGGUGGGAAUGUAAGUUAGUUUAACCAUUAUGGAAAGCAGUGUGGAGGUUCCCCAAAAAUCUCAAAAUAAAAAUACCAUUUGACCCCAAAUCCCACUCCUUGGAAUAUACCCAAAGAAUACAAGUUCUCAGAUUCAAAAAGACAUAUGCACCCCUAUGUUUAUCGCAGCACUAUUGACAAUAGCCAAGAAGAGGAAGCAACCUAAGUGUCCAUCAGUAGAUGAAUGGAUAAAGAAGAUGUGGUACAUAUACACAAUGGAAUAUUAUUCAGCCAUAAGAAGAAAACAAAUCCUACCAUGUGCAACAACAUGGUUGGAGCUAGAGGGUAUUAUGUUCAGUGAAAUAAGCCAGGCGGAGAAAGACGUGUACCAAAUGAUUUCACUCAUCUGUGGAGCAUAAGAAAGCAAAAACUGAGGGAACAAAACAGCAGCAGGCACAGAACCCAAGAAUGGACUAACAGUUGCCAAAGGGAAAGGGACUGGGGAGGAUGGGUGGGAAGGGAGGGAGAAGGGGAAAAGGGGGCAUUACGAUUAGCACACAAUAUGGGGGAGGCAUGGGGAAGACCCUAUAUAUAGCACAGGGAAGAUAGUGACUCUAGCAUCUUAAUACGCUGAUAGACAGUGACUGUAAUGGGGUAUGUGGUGGGGUAUUGAUAAUGGGGGAAAACCUAGUAACCACAAUGUUGCUCAUGUAAUUGUAUAUUAAUGAUACCUAAAUAAAUAAAAUACAUUGAUUUUUUCCUUAAAAAAAUACAUAGGUAUUUUUCAGAAAAUACACAAUACAGAUCCAAAGUUGUGACCCAACGUGUAUUUUGUUACUCAUUUUGAAGUCAAUCUUAUUUGUGCUUAAAAAUAUUUUUAAAAAGAUUCAUCUCCAUAUUAAAAUGAUUUAAAGUAAACUAUUAUUUCUCAUUGGGAAAAAAGAAAAAAAAUUCAAUUUACAGAAGAAAGUAACCAUUAAACCAAGGGAAUCAAUUGUAUUUUAGAAACGACAUGAAGUUGUAGGCAAGAGAAAUAACUAAAAGUCAUACAGAUUGGAAAGGAAGAAAUAAAACUGCCUUUAUUUACAGAUGAGGUGAGUGUCUACUGAGAAAAGCCCAAAGAACCUACAACAAACUUCUGAACUAAUAUGCAAGCUUAGGAAGGGCACAGGAUACAACAUCAACAUUAAUAUGCAAAGUCAAUACCUUCUCCAUAUACCAGCAAGGAACAAGUGGAAUUUGAAAUACACACACACAUAUACACACACACACCAUUUAUAAUAACACAAAAAAAUGAAGUACUUAGGUAUAAAAUUAACUAAGUAAGAGAGCACUUAUAAAACAAAGGUAUUGGACAUGUUAAGGGACACAGGAGCUAACUGAAAGUGCUCCCAAUGGCCAAAAUGGAAAAACUUGAGCAACAAAAGAAAUCCAGUAGUACUGGAUUAUAACCUUAGGUAUAGAAUACAUUUGUGUAAGUCCCCACUGGUAUAAAUAAGUGAUCAAAUAGAUAAAUAAAUGGGAGAGAACAAACAUCUCCCACGCAGAAGCAUUCCAGAUAGUUUAAUUUGAGGGAUGAGAGAGUUAGUCCUACAAGUUUCUGAGGAAGAGUGUGCCACAGGCAGAGGGAAGCACCAAUGCAAAGGCCUGAGGCAGGAGUGUACUUAGUAUAUUUAAAGAGCAACAAGGUCAGCUGUAAAUGCAGCACAGGGAGCAAGGGGUUGGGAAGUAGAGGAGUUUGGAGAAAUGGUCAAAAAGGUAUUGGUAGUGGAGGAGAAGAUGAUGGAGUAGUCCACUGUAGUCCACUGUGGGACGUUGGCUUUUGAGUGUAAUGCUGCGGCAUUGUUGAGUUUUGAGCAGAGGAAACGCAUCAUGCAACCUAAGGUAUCCCUCUGAUUGUGGAACAGAAGAAGACGUUAGUGAAAAAACUGGUGAAAUCUGAAUAAAGUCUGAAAAUGACAGUUAAUUAAUAGAAAUGCACCUAUGUUAAUUUCUUAGUGUUUAUAAAUGCAAUAUGGAUGGUCAUGUAAGAUGUUAACAUUAGAGAAACAGUGAAAGAUGUGGGCACUGUCUGAACUAUCUUUGCAACUUUUCUAUAAAUCUGAACUUAUUCCCAAAGAAAAAAGGUUUAUUAAAAAAAUUAAUUGCACACAAAGAGACCAGAUACCGUGUUAAGUGUUCUUACCACCAAAAAGGGGAGGUGGGGGGAUGCAUGACAUUUUCUGGAGGUGAUGGGUAUGUCUAUUACCCUGACUGUGGUGUAGGCAUAUGCCCAAACUCAUCAAAUUGUAUAUAUUAAAUAUGUGUGACUUUUUGCACAUCAAUUAUACCUCAAUAAAGCCUUUACAGUAAUAAACUAUAUUAUAAUCUUCGAAGAAAUAAAGAAACUGCAUUAUAGUGAGGAAGGAGAGAUCGAUAAUUCCAACCAGAGGCUUGGACCCACCACAUACCAAUCUUUAACACACCAAAAUCAAGUUUUCAUUUCAUACAGAAGGAUAGCCAGAGAUCCAGUCUAACACUUCCCUUGUGAUCAACAGUGGAGGGGGAUCUCUUCUGAGACUCAGACUGGGAGCAGAGAUUCUGAAUACACAGCAGGAAAAGGGAGGUUGGAAUUGUGUAGGUCAUAAGUAAGCAAACUUCAAAAGAGUAUUUGAAAGGGGACUGAGAACAUACAUGUACAGAACUCCUGGUAUGUGUCCAGUAGAACAUUAGGAUCUCCGAGUGGGGAGGCAGUGUUUGCCCAGGGAAGGGAAUCCUUAAAUGCCCCUUAGGUGACAACUAUACUGCAUUUCUCCAGCUACAGUCCUCCACUGAAUUCACAUUCUCUCUAAACUUCAAAGGGAUGAUUACUUCAUCACUUUACACUCCACUACUUAAUUUGCAGCCGUGGGACUCGAACUGCAUCUUAGUUUAGAUAAUUUGCCUUAUCUUUAAUACUGGCAUAAUGCCAUGAUACCUCAUGGUCAAAACGCAGGGAUUUAAAAUGGAUGGCUAUUGACAGUUCUUACAGAGCUUCAUCUCCUCGCAUCUACAGCGUACAAUUAAAUUGUCACUUGCUUGAAGUUAAAGCUUUUCUGCAGUUACUCUGGUCGCUUUUAGGAAAUCCUUUUGGAAAUCCUCUUGGAAUCCCUUCUUUCUAUGUUGCAUUGGUUAAACUUCUUAUUACUUGUAAUUUAGCAAUAACCAAAUAAUGGCAUUUGCAUUAAUAUAUAAUUGAUACCUAUUUGUAGAGGGUGAGGAGGAAGAAUUUUUAAUCAGAGAAAAGAAAAUGGAUCUUUUCUGUUAAGCUUCAAUGUCAUCCUCAUUCCCAGCAGUGAAAAACCUUUCCUGAGAAGGUAACUCAUCCCAAGGAACUCACACUCAUGUGUGGUACCCUGCAUAAGGGCAACUGGUCACUGUUGCUUUUUCUUUUUCUUCACACCAUCUCCCAAUUAACCUUCCCUCAGGACAAAAAGAAAUAUUCUGACUUACAAAGUGAUGAAUUACUUAUUGAAAACUGCAUGAAUUAUUUUCUUUUUUCUGUGUGAAAAAGGGAUACUUCCUUAGAAUUGUUUGCGUUUAUCCCCAGGAACUCCAAAGGCUCUGAAAACCAUGAAUGAGCUUUAUCAGGGUCAGUAUGUUUUUUACAAAACCAUCUAUUCAUUAUUCAGAGUAUGCUUGGGAUGUUUCAGAGACACAGCCCAGUAUUAAAUAGAUCCUUCUAGAUAUCUUC